UUGUUUGGACUGUUUGGUUCGGCUUACUUGGGCGGAGCGAACAACCGACGACUUCCCGGCGUGCGCCCCGCGCGGAGGCGUUCCAGGACCAACUCCUCCAUCCAUCGGCUGAUCAGCCUUGGCUAGAUCUAGCCAGCCGCCUCCAAUUGGUUUCUGCUCGGAGGGGUCUUUCUAUAGGUCCGCAGAUCUGCGCCUCCUGGAAGUCGCCGCUUCUCGCGGCCUCUUGGAUCGAUCUUCACAGUUCCAAGCCUCCAAUCCCCCAGAAACCGUACUCUUUGAUCCCGAGUCCGUCCAAAGAAUCAAAUUUGCCUGCCGAGCCGGCACAAAGAUUCGGGCAUUGUCUAUCAAGAAUCCCCCCGGGUGCUGAGAUUUUGUAGGAGGGCGGCGUUCUCGAUCAAAUUAGAGUGACUCGGUGGUGCUGUGAUAAGGGGGCGCGGGAUGAGGGUCCCGGCGUGGUGGGCGCUGCUGGUGCUGGUGGUGCUGGCCAUGACAGAUGCGGCGUCGGGGAGGUUCGUGGUGGAGAAGAACAGCAUACAGGUGACGUCUCCCGAGGAGCUCAAGGGCAAGUACGAGUGCGCCAUCGGCAACUUCGGGGUGCCGCAGUACGGGGGCACUCUGCACGGCUGGGUCGAGUACCCGAGGUCCAACAGGAAGGCGUGCAAGAGCUUCGACCAGUCCGACAUCUCUUUCAAGCCCAAGCAGGCUGGGGGCCGCCCCAACUUUGUCCUCGUCGACCGUGGAGACUGCUUUUUCACGAUCAAGGCAUGGAAUGCACAAAAUGCUGGAGCUGCAGCGAUUCUUGUUGUGGAUGACAAGGAGGAACCUUUAAUCACAAUGGACAACCCAGAAGAAGGCAAAGAGCACCUAGAAAACAUCACUAUUCCCUCAGUGCUUAUUACAAAGAAACUAGGCGAUGACCUUAAGAAAUCUGCGGAAAAAGGUGAUAUGCUUAGCGUUCUUCUCGACUGGAGGGAAUCUCUUCCCCACCCUGAUGAGCGUGUAGAAUAUGAAUUCUGGACAAACAGUAACGAUGAAUGUGGUCCUAAGUGUGGCAUGCAAAUGGAUUUCGUGAAGAGCUUUAGAGGAACUGCACAAAUUCUUGAGAAGAAGGGUUACACCCGGUUUACUCCUCAUUAUAUUACGUGGUAUUGUCCAGAUGCUUUUGUCUCAAGCAAGCAAUGCAAAUCACAGUGCAUCAAUCAUGGGAGAUAUUGUGCGCCAGACCCAGAGCAGGAUUUUAGUGUAGGAUAUGAUGGAAAAGAUGUCGUGAUUCAAAAUCUAUAUCAAAUUUGUGUAUUCAAGGUUGCUAAUGAGACUCACAAGCCAUGGCUGUGGUGGGAUUAUGUGCAUGACUUUGCAAUUAGGUGCCCAAUGAAGGAGAAGAAAUACACACACGAAUGUGCCAUUAAUGUUAUUAAGUCACUUGGAUUGGACAUUGAAAAGAUACACAAGUGCGUUGGAGAUUCUGAAGCUGAUAAGGAAAACCCAAUUCUAAAGGCAGAACAAGAUGCCCAAAUUGGUAAUGGUAAAAGAGGAGAUGUCACAAUACUACCAACCCUUGUCAUCAACAACAGGCAAUACAGAGGUAAGCUGGACAAAGUUGCUGUCCUGAAAGCAAUCUGUUCAGGUUUUGAGGAGACAAGUGAACCUGCUAUUUGCUUGAGUGAAGACAUCCAGACAAAUGAAUGUUUGGAGAACAACGGGGGUUGCUGGCUGGACAAGGCUAACAAUGUUACUGCAUGCAGGGAUACCUUCCGUGGGCGUGUUUGUGAAUGUCCUAUUGUGAAAGGUGUAAAGUUUGUGGGUGAUGGAUAUACCAAUUGUGAAGCUUCUGGCAUUGGUAGAUGUGAGAUCAGUAAUGGAGGGUGCUGGAAAGAAACUAAAAACGGGAAGACAAUCUCUGCCUGCUCGAACGAAGAAUCUGAAGGUUGCAAAUGUCCAGCAGGUUUCAAGGGCGAUGGAGUAAAAAGUUGUGAAGAUAUUGAUGAAUGCAAAGAGAAACUUUUCUGUCAGUGCAAGGGUUGCAGCUGUCAGAAUACAUGGGGAAGCUAUGAAUGCAGUUGCGGUGGUGACAAUAUGUUAUACAUGAGAGAGCAUGACACUUGUAUCAGCAAAGAGGCUACUACCGCAGCUGUUGGCUGGAGCUUCCUGUGGGUUAUUUUCUUCGGACUUGUUUUUGCUGGGGUUGGAGCAUAUGCAGUGUACAAAUACAGGCUAAGGAGUUACAUGGAUUCGGAGAUACGCGCCAUCAUGGCCCAGUACAUGCCUUUGGAUAGCCAAGAAGGAUCAAGCCAGCAUCAUGUCGCGCAUGCUGAUGAUAUAUGAAACGGCACUGCUUUUUCCGGAGCAACAUAGGAGCGCGCAACGUUUAACCUGUACUGCAGCAGCAUCAGUGGCCAUCAGCUUUGCAGAGGUCAACUAGGCGCAAAGAUACUCCUGAUGAACGACAUAAGGGAUAUCAUCAUAGUUUAGCCCCUUUAGUUUUUCCUUCAAACUCGUGGCUUGUUCCAUACAUGUCAACAUUGUGUAAAUACUGUUGUUCAGGCUAUAGAUUGUCUCUUGCCUUUACUCAAUAAAGCUUGCGCCUGCAAGUGGUAUACCAAUGCUUGUGGUAUUGAUUUA